AUGUCCUCUGUUGGCACAAGUGGGGAAACCAUUUACGAUGCCUGCCGCCUGGGGAACGAGGCGCGGGUCUUGGAGUACGUGCGCCACGGUGGCUGCGUCACGGAGCACGACGCGAACAAAAUGACGCUCCUACACCACGCGGCGUUCUCGGGCAACGUGUGCAUCGUUGACGCCCUUCUGUCUGUGCAGCCGCUGCAGACAAUCAACGUGGACUCAAUCGACAUGGGCGGGUGGACCCCACUUCACUACGCCGCGGAUCGCGGGUUUGUUGCCGUGGUGGAUCGGCUCGUGCAGGAGGGCGCUAAUGUGAAUGCGAGAGACGAGAUGAAGCGGACGCCGUUGUACUUGGCGGCCGGCGGCGGCCACCUAGAGGUGCUGCAGCUUCUCCUCCGUAACGGUGCGACUCGAAGCGUGAAGAGUGUGGCGGGAAUAACAGCCCUGGAGUGUGCAAAGGCGGGUGGAAAAACGGAGGCUAUGAGCAUCCUUGAGCAGCAGUGA